CGAGGCCAAUAUGGCGGCCGGACAAACGUUUGCUAGUAAGAACCUAAACGAUUUUGAAUCUGUUUUGGAUUCUGUUCAUCGACAAGCAAGUAAAUUUUUCACUGGAAUGCAAGUGGGGUCUGGUAUGUCAUAUUCUAUUGAAGAUGCCAAAACGGAUUUGGAUGGCUUGUCAAAGCUGACCGACACCCUACAUGAAAAGCUUUUGUCGUCAGGUGUCAACGCCAUUCCAUUAGACUCUGAAAUGUUACAACUUGAUUAUCACGCAACAGUUAGAAAAGGACAAGAAGAAGCUGACCUUAACAGGAUUACGUUACAGAGAGUACAAACAAACUGUGCUGCAUUGAAUAAAGCAAUGAAUAUACCAAGGAAAUCAUAAUUCAAGGAAAAGUUUUUAUGCACUUGAGGAUUGUUUUGGUGGAUCAAGAAAAAUGGUUUAAAACAAUCACUGCCAAGAUCUUGAUAGUACUUCUCCUUUCUGUCCUCUUUACAUUUCUUACAAUGUUAGUUGUGAGAAUUUUGAGUUAAAUCAGAUAACAUCCCCCAGUUGCUUUUUUUCUUUAUUUUCUUUCCUUGUGUUCUUGACAGCAUUUUAAUAUUGUAGGAAGAAAUUACUUCUUGGCCUCUUUUGAGAGUGAAAAGGUUUAAGGAAGUUGCUGUUGAGGAAAAUUAGAUGCAGGGCUCGACACUAACAGUAGCCCACUAGCCACAGACUAGUAGAAAUUCAGUUUUGGUUAGUGGUUUUUGGUUUCCACUAGCCAGAUUGGCUAGUAAAAAAACUGACAUUGUCGUAGCAUCUAAAGUGUCACCAUCCACUUGGCUAGUAAGUUGAAAAGUUAGUGUUGAGCCCUGAGAUGGUCUCCUCAGCUGCAUUCCAAUUUUGUGGCUGAAGUUUGUGGGUUGCACACAGUGGUUGACAUUCAUGGUUGAUCGCUAUAUGCUAUUUAGGAAAGUGAUAGUUUUCUUCAGAGAUUUUUUGUAGUCAGAAAUAAAAAUACCAGGGGAACAAAAGUUGAAGAUUGUUUCAGAUCAAGGUACUGCUUUGUCAAGUUAAAGUAGCUAGCAUUUCAGAAACAGGUAGCUAGGGAAAAUACUAGCCACCUGUUAUUUUAGAGAACACCGAAAAGCUCUAAUGGCACAGUGACAAUGACCAGAUUGCUAUAGUGAAGUUGAAACUAAACAUAAGACAAAGUCUGUGUUAUUGUUUUUCUCUACAGAAAAGUCUGAUUGGAAAUGUUGUGACAUAAGUCUAAGAGUAAUUUCUUCAAUCUGAAGAGUCUGAUACCUAUUACAGAUAACUGUCAGCAAGGAUGAUGGAAGAACUCUUCUCAUCAUUCAUACAACACAUCGAAAACACUGCCAUAAAGGACUUACAGGCACUAUUGAACUCUUAGAGCGUUCUAACUCCACUCCCCCUUCUCUGUUCAUUGCAAGGGGAGGGGGGGGGAGGGGAGGCUGGAGAUCUCAAUGGCAUCAAAAUUUAUUUACUUUUAAACCUUUCUUGCUCAAGUGUCCCAAGAUUUUUUUCGGGGAUUGUAGCAUAUUACUGCUCAAUAUUUAGUGUCUUAACUUAACCAAAAGGAUGAACUCUCUGUUCAUUUCUAACACUGCCAUGAUUAGGGAUAAAUUAAGAGAUAAAGAAAGUCAAACACAAAGCAAGUGGUGAAAUAGAAUUUUUUUUUAUUCAUUUAGAAAAUUUUAUUCAAAAAUACUUCAAGAGUUAAUUUGUAAUAUACUUAUGCAGUUGUGACUGAGAAACUGUAGCUACAUCUAUCUUUCUGACUCACAGUAGCUUUUGGACCACAUAGCAAUAGUAAAAUUAUUUCAGACUCUAAAAUAUUAUCUGUCUCUCUUUCAAAAAUGAUUUAAAAUCAAACUUUAACUGUAGCCAGUUUUAAGGCCUGCGUGUGAAAAACUUGCACUCAUGCAUGUGCUCUAGAAAUGUGUUGGUAAUUUGUACUUCAAACAACCCCAAAGUUUAAGCUUGGGUUUCCUGUGGAGUCACUAAAAAACGAUAAUAAAAUUAAUGCUAGUGUCAUUUAUGUUUUAUCCCAGCAGUAGCUCCUGGGUGAUGGCAGAGCUCACUGAUGCUGUGUAAUUACUGUCAAUAAAAAACUUUAUUACACGA